AUGUCUUGUAGCAGUCAACAAACUGAGGGAAGCUGGCUUCAGGAUUAUAUAGCAAAAAAACUAAGGCGUGCAUCUAAAGGAAGUAUGGAUAGGAGUGCUGCACCUGAACCAAGUAAGCCUGGAUCUGAGAGUGAUGUAAAAGAUGAAGUAGAGCAGGAGCUCACCUGUAAGAAAGAAUUUCCAACUGAUAAUAAGGGGGCAACAGCAGAGCUAAUUGCAGCCCAAACCCUAAUGUCUCCUGAAGAAGCAGAAGGAGAACUGUUGCAGCUUGAAAACAAACUUGCAGUGAGGAGCCAACAGAAUGAGAUGCCACCAUCCCAGGGAGAGUGCAUACAGGAGGAUAUGCCACAGUUCCAAUGGGACAGCCAAAAGAGGGGGGUUCCAGAGCCAGAUAUGGUAGAGUCCCGGCGGGGCAGCCAGCAGGCGGUGGUGCAAGAAUCCCGGCGGGGCAGCCAGCAGGCGGUGGUGCAGGAAUCCAGGAAGGGCAGCCAGCAGGUGGAGGUGCAGGAGUCCCAACGGGGCAGCCAGCAGGCGGUGGUGCAGGAAUCCCGGCGGGGCAGCCAGCAGGCAGCGGUGCAAGAAUCCAGACGGGGCAGCCAGCAGCCAGUGGUGCAGACGGAGGUGCAAGAAUCCCGGCGGGGCAGCCAGCAGCCAGUGGUGCAAGAGUCCCGGCAGGGCAGCCAGCAGGCGGAGAUGCAGGAGUCCCGGCGGGGCAGCCAGCAACCAGUGGUGCUGGAAUCCCGGCGGGGCAGCCAGCAGCCAGCGGUGCAAGAAUCCAGACGGGGCAGCCAGCAGGCAGAGGUGCAGACGGAGGUGCAAGAAUCCCGGCGGGGCAGCCAGCAGGCAGCGGUGCAAGAAUCCAGACGGGGCAGCCAGCAGCCAGUGGUGCAGACGGAGGUGCAAGAAUCCCGGCAGGGCAGCCAGCAGGCAGAGAUGCAGGAGUCCCGGCGGGGCAGCCAGCAGCCAGUGGUGCAGGAAUCCCGGCGGGGCAGCCAGCAGGCGGAGAUGCAGGAGUCCCGGCGGGGCAGCCAGCAGCCAGUGGUGCAAGAGUCCCGGCAGGGCAGCCAGCAGGCGGAGAUGCAGGAGUCCCGGCAGGGCAGCCAGCAGGCUGAGAUGCAGGAGUCCCGGCGGGGCAGCCAGCAACCAGUGGUGCAGGAAUCCCGGCGGGGCAGCCAGCAGGCAGAGGUGCAGACGGAGGUGAAAGAAUCCCGAUGGGGCAGCCAGCAGGUGGAGGUGAAAGAAUCCCGACGGGGCAGCCAGCAGGCGGAGGUGAAAGAAUCCCGACGGGGCAGCCAGCAGGAGGUUGUGCAGGAGUCCCGACGGGGCAGCCAGCAGGCAGAGAUGCAAGAGUCCCGACGGGGCAGCCAGAAGGCGGAGGUGCAGACGGAGAAGCAGGAGUCCUGGUGGGGCAGCCAGCAGGCAGUGGUGCAAGAGUCCCGGCGGGGCAGCCAGCAGGUGAUGGCGCAAGAGUCCUGGCGGGGCAGCCAGCAGGCGGCGGUGCAGGAAUCCAGACGGGGCAGCCAGCAGGCAGAGGUGCAGACGGAGGUGCAGGAGUCCCGGCGGGGCAGCCAGCAGGCAGAAGUGCAGACGGAGGUGCAGGAGUCCCGGCGGGGCAGCCAGCAGGCAGUGGUGCAAGAGUCCCGGCGGGGCAGCCAGCAGCCAGCAGUGCAAGAAUCCAGACGGGGCAGCCAGCAGCCAGCGGUGCAAGAAUCCAGGCGGGGCAGCCAGCAGCCAGCGGUGCAAGAAUCCAGACGGGGCAGCCAGCAGGCAGAGGUGCAGACGGAGGUGCAGGAGUCCCGGCGGGGCAGCCAGCAGGCAGUGGUGCAAGAGUCCCGGCGGGGAAGCCAGCAGGCAGCGGUUCAGGAGUCCCGACGGGGCAGCCAGCAGGCGGUGGUUCAGGAGUCCCGGCGGGGUAGCCAGCAGGCAGUGGUUCAGGAGUCCCGACGGGGCAGCCAGCAAAUGGAGGUGCAAGGUUCCCGACGUGGCAGCCAGCCGGCAGGGGUGCCACAGUCUAGACAGGGAAGCCUGCAGGGCAAAGAGCUGAAAAUGGAGCAGGAAUACAAAACCCAGCAGGUUUUGGGUGAUGAAUUUCAUUUUAGUAACACCAUAUGGAAUACGUUAGGAAAUCCAACCCAGCAGCCUGAUGAGUCUGCAAGCAAAGGAACACUUGGGAGCUUAUCGUCAUACACAGAAGGUGAAGAUGCAGCUCAGCAAACAUAUAGCAUAAUUUCUCUAGAAGAUGGAAUCUGGCUGAACAGAAAAACUGGUAAGUUCCUGUUCAGUCAUGGUCAGCAGACAAACAAAAGUUCACUUCAUGGUGUUAAUGGAGGAGCUGUGGAAGAUGGCAGCGAUACAGUUGGAAGUACAAAACCAAUGAAAUCUGAUGUAAUGCAAUCUGUAGGAAAAUCUGGCGAAAACUCCUGCUGUAGCAGUGUACAAUCUGAAAGUUGUUCAUCAAGCAUCAGCAUUGUACAACCUUGGGAAGAACUGCAGGAUCCUUAUGAGAAAGUGAUAAGCAACCACCAGAGCGCAACUACGCUGCUGAGCGUAGAUACAUAUGUUGAUCUGGAGCAUGAAUCAAAGGUGACUUACAGUGUUGUUUCUGUGCCAGAAGGAAGCUGGAUCAAUAUUAGAACUGGCAGGCUGGUGGUAUCUCAUACUCAGCAGACAGACGAGUCUUCCUUUCAGAAGCCUGGAACAGAUAGUCAAGCAGCCCAGAGGCGAGAUAGCUAUUCACCUGAGCUGAGCCAAUAUGACCUGAGUGAUAGGCAGAUCAGUGAAGGUUCACAGCCAACCUACCUCAGUGAUGAACCAUAUGAGGAACCUGCAAUGCCUGGUGGAUAG